AAGUCGCUGGUCCCUCAACCCGGAUGCUGUAACUAUUGAUAACUGUGGCCGGUACGCUGCGCCGUGUGGAAGCCAGGAGGCGGAGAUUUUUCAGUACCCUUGAAGCGGACAGCUCUCCUCGGGUCCACGCGUCUGCCCACCCGUGACACAAGCCGAGACAGAGGAAGGUGUAGCCGCCACUUUAAAGGGAGCACCUCCCUGCUCUUGCAAAAUCGUGAUCUCUUGCACAGCACAGAAGUCGGAGAAAGGAGGAGCGCAUCAUCGGGGAGAGAGAGAGAGAGAGGGAGAGAGAUGGCGGAGUGCGGGCGGAAGGCGCUGUCUCUCCUGGAAGCGGCCCGUUCCCGGUACGAGAGCCUGCAGAUAUCCGACGACGUGUUCGGCGAGUCCGGGGACGACAGCAGCGACAAUCCCUUCUACAGCACCUCCGGGGACUCCGACUCCGACAACUACAUAGCCGAAGUGGGCGAGGAGGACCAGCAGCAUCACCACCACCACCACCACCAUCAAAAGCGGGGCGACAGGGAGAGCGCGCACAGCGGGGGAGCGGGAGGCGGCGGCGGCGGCGGCGGAGCCGGUCCCCCCGGCUCCCUGUCCCGCAGUCAGGCGGAGGAGGAGGGCUGGACCGAGGCGCUCCAGGACGUCACGGUGCCGCCGUACAAGGAGACAUAUGGCCCCGCCCAGAAGAUGCCGGCCUCCGCCACGGCCCUGGACUUCUUCCAGCUCUUCGUGCCCGACAACUGCAUCCAGAGCAUGGUGACGCAGACCAACAUGUACGCCAAGAAGUUCCAGGAGCGCUUCGGCUCCGAGGAGGGCUGGCGUCCGGUCGCGGCGCAGGAGAUGAAGGCCUUCCUGGGCUUCGUCAUCUCCACCAGCGUGCACCGCUGCGAGUCGGUGCUCAGCAUCUGGAGCUCCGGCUUCUUCAGCAACCAGAGCAUCGCCCUGAAGAUGAGCCAGGCGCGCUUCGAGAAGAUCCUCAAGUACUUCCACAUCGUGGCCUUCCGGCCGUCGCAGGGCAGCAACCAGGGCCUGUAUAAGAUCCAGCCCUUCCUGGACUCCCUGCAGCAGGCGUUCAGCUGCACCUUCAGAUCUUCACAAACACAGGUUCUUCACGAGCCCUUGAUAGAUGAGGACCCCGUGUUCAUCACCACCUGCACAGAACGGGAGCUGAGGAAGAGGAAGAAGAGGAAGUUCAGCCUCUGGGUUCGACAGUGCACCUCCACCGGGUUCAUCUGUCAGAUCUCGGUCCACCUGAAGGACGGCCAGGGCACCGACGCUCUGGCCACCUUGAAGAACAAGCCUCAGCUCCACAGCCUCGUGGCCAAGCAGCUCUGCCAAAACAUCUCAGGCAGGAACACCAUCAUCUUCACCGGGCCGUCCAUCACCAGCCUCGGCCUCUUCAGCGAGUUCAGCAAACAAGACAUCUACUGCUGUGGCCUGCUGAGCACCAGGAAGAGCGACUGCACCGGCCUUCCUCAGAACAUGCUGGUGUGCGGCUCCACGCCGGCGCAGCGCGGCCAGUCGCGGGUGAUGAUGAAGGGCAGCAUGUCGCUGAUCAGCUGGUACAACAAGGGCCACUUCAGGUUCCUCACCAACGCCUACUCCCCAACGAAGCAGGGUGUGAUCAUCAAGAGGAAAAGCGGGGAGAUCCCGUGCCCUUUAGCGGUGGAGGCCUUCGCAGCUCACCUCAGUUACAUCUGCAAAUACGACGACAAGUACAGCAAGUACUUCAUCUUCCAUAAGCCCAACAAGACCUGGCAGCAGGUGUUCUGGUUGAGCAUCAGCAUCGCCAUCAACAACGCGUACAUCCUCUACAAGAUGUCCGACGCCUACGCGGUGAAGCGCUACAGCCGCGCGCAGUUUGGAGAGAGACUGGUCAGAGAGCUGCUGGAUCUAGAAGACUGCUCCCCCACACAGUGAAGAAGAGGAGGGGGAGGAGCAUGACAACAAACACACACACACACUCACAUGCAUGCAUACACACACACACACACACACACACACGCACGCACGCACGCACGCACACACACACACACACACACACACACACACACGCAUGCAUACACACACACACACACACACACACACUCACAUGCAUGCAUACACACACACACACACACACACACACACACGCACGCACGCACGCACGCACACACGCACACACACACACACACACACACACACACACACACACACACACACAAUCUUUACACACACACACACACACGCAUGCAUGCACUCACUCACUCACUCACUCACUCACUCACUCACUCACUCACUCACUCACGCACACACACACAGACACUCACUCUCACACACACAAACACACACUCACACACAAUCUUUACACACACACACACACACACACACACACACACACGCACAAUCCUCACACACUCUCUUAUGCGAUUGUACAGACUGGUGCAGUCUGUGUCUGUGUGAUAACACUGAAGCAGUGCCAAGCUGAUGUCUCUUCCUCUAGUUGUUUCUCGUGGUCCUGUAAAUACUCAUUAACUGCACUCCACACAGUAGAGAUCACGUGCCAUGGGACUCCACUGCAACCUUCAGCCACGCAGGUUUACUAAGGAUUUGUCAGCAGAACACGUGUCACUGGCUGAGGUGGAGACGGGACGAGUGAUGUCAGCUUCAGGUUGGAGUGCGUGAGUGUCCAGGCUGAGCGGUGGUUUGAGCUGUGAGGCAACAAACGCUUAGUAAAGCAGCGCCGUGGCGUUUACACUGCAUGCAAACGGAACGUGGAUCGUGGUGUUCUCUUGUUCAGUGUGAGGUGGGUUUUGAAACUUUUGGUUGUGUGCAUUUAUUUAGCAAGUGGAACUGCCAUUUGUGUGUGUGUGUGUGUGUGUGUGUGUGUGUGUGUGUGUGUGUGUGUGUGUGUGUGUGUGUGUGUGUGUGUGUGUGUGUGUGUGUGUGUGGUGUGCAGCACUACAGGAACAUUUUAGACUGGAUCCAAAAUAUUGUGGACGGCCGAACCACAAUUUCUAUUAGUUGUGUGAUGUUACAGUACAUUUGAAUUGACCCAUUUAACACAAAGGCAAAGCUCUUUGUCAAUAAAUGUGCUUUGCCACUAAUUAACCAUUAAAAUGCCGCUGCAAUUUAUCACUGCAGAAAACUUUCCUCACUUGUUGGUCAAAGAUUUCCCGAGCUGACUGAUCCUGACUGCCGGCCACAAACUACAGCAGACCAGCAGUUUGUCUGCAGUGGAACCACAGGACGUCUUGUUUGUAGGUUCGCUCAUGAUUGCGCGAGAAGCUGAUUGAAAAAGUAGGUUUUUAAUAACAACACUUGUCAUAUUUCCGUCUCAUCACUUAUGCAGCUGACUGUGGCUUUCCAGGCCAUGAUGUUCACCGUCUCCCUGAUUGAAUGUUCUGUAAGCCAGUGUUGCUAGGCAACCGGCACCGUCUUGGCCAGUGGGCAGGGGUUUGGAUAAUGUUACUUGGCAAGAUUUAGGUCCGUGAAGUAAAAAAACAGAAUCACUGGGGGCUUAAACGUCGUCCCAGAAAUCUAAAUGUUGCAACAAAUCCUAAUAUCGACAGCAGCUUCUUGUCACAUAGGCCGAGUUUUAGUUCUACGCCGGUUCCACCUGGAACCAAGUGCAGAACAGAUUGCACCAACAGCAGGGUUGUAUGUGUGAACACAUUACAGUGCGAUCGCAGGCGUUGAAGGGGUUGCUGGCAGGACUAAUGCACUUUUCCCACCAUAGUGUUGCACUUUGAGGAAACAUAUUUAUUAGACAUUGUUUUUAGUGUUGAAUUAAACCCAAUCAGAGAAUAUACGCUGGAAAAUAUAUACAUUUUGUAAAUAUACGUGUUAAAUAAAUUAUAUAAAAUGACACCAAUGAUGCUGAAAAUGAAAAGGAACGACUAUAACCAAAACAGAACAGAUUACCACUGUAGAUUUAGAGAGAAUACUGUCUGUGUAUAUUUUGUUUACGAAUAAUUGUUUGUAUGUCUAUAAUCACUGAGACUCAAGAUUGUGAUUUUUUUACUUUUUCACUAACUGAACCGUUGUUGUUGUUGUUGUUCAUUGUUGCUCUUGUGUGCUCGAAACCCUGGAUGUCGUCGUCACCGCUCACUUUUAAGUGUCUCUGUCAUUGUCAGGAAGCAGUCUCGUCUCAUCACGUCGCGUGUUUGCCGACUCACCUUUUAUUACAAUAUUUGAUAUCAACCAAUCUCACGUCUCUUUAGUAUCAAGUUGAUUGGACAGUAAUGAACUGAGAACUGAGGCUCUAAUUCCACCCUGCAAAGCUUGUAAACGUCUGCAUGCAUGUAUGAAGUUUAUGGGAUUCAUAACAUUCAUGAGGUUUCACCCACACGUCCAUUGUUAUAUUAUGGUAUAUGCUUCUGCACCUCCAGACGAUCAUUCAAGUCUGGAAUCGUUUUGUUUGGGUGAUUUUCUGUGAAUUUGGUUACAUAAUAAUUAUUGAAAGAAUAACUUAAUACCUUGUUUAACAGUAUUGCUUUACUGUCUCUGCUUUGAGUUUCCGUGUCUGUUGCAUCUUUGAUGCUGGGCGUGGUCCCAACACACACAUGCAAAUGUUGGGUUUCUCUUUGAAGCGGCUGUUGUUUAGAGCGGUAUUGUUCUCGUUGCUAUAGUAAAACAGAGUGAAGACAGUGCAGACUCCAUAAGGUUAAAGAUGAUGUUAGCACUCAAAGUUAUAAUAAUUGUAAACAGCCUCGGUGUCAGUCGUCAUCUAAUCAAGAGCUCCUGCGCUGACAUUUAAUCAGGAGGGAGACAUUCAUGAAAUAAGGCAGAGAAGCCGGUUUCUCCACUGAGCUGAAGCCUCAGUGUGAGCGUGUGGACCUGCAGGGCAAACUGCAGUCUGAGUAAGAGCCACGGAUGGAGUCAUCGCUAACUGAUGCACGAAUACGUGAGUAGAGCAGGGAAUGGAGUCCAGCUCUUCACAGCGAUUAGCUCCUCACGUCAAUUGUACUUUUUCAUGUACGCGCAUCACAAUGAACCUUUGCGAUGGCUGCAUUUGUACAUGCUGCUGAUAGAAGUUACCUGAGAUUCACGAGUGUGAAGGGAUGGCUGCGUUUGAGGUUUUCGGCCCUUAUCGCAUCAGCUGCAGAGGCCUCAUGUGGCCAAGUGCUUUUAAUUCACAGCAAAGUUACAUUUGGUUCGUUUAAAAAAAUAAAAAUAAUCAAAUCUAUUUUGAAAUCUCAAGUUAUUUCCUUCAGUCCGCUUUGCUGAUGACAGUUAGGCAGUCUUGUUUAUGUUCUGACAUCAAGCCAGAGCAGAAAUAGAACAAACUAGAAAUGAGGAAAAUCUGUAAAUGGACACAACAACAUCAGAUAUUUGCUUAAAGGUUUUCUCACAGCUGUAAUGUCUCAUAUUUCAUAAUUUCUGAUGUUCCCAUCAAUAAUAUUAACCUGAUAUCCAACCCUGAAAUGUUAUUAUCCAAAUCACCAAAUUCAAUUAAGUAAUAAAGUAAAAAGUCAAUAUGUUUUCCAUAAGGACAGUGUGACUCUGAUGCUCUUUCUAUGGAUGAUGGUCCCAAACAGUUGGUCAAGGCCUUUGAUUCAAUAUGAAUUGAUACGAAGCAGUGCAGGUGUGUGUAUGAUGAUGUGCAUGUACAGAGCUUAGUUUAGGUGACGAUAUUUAAUGUUUAAUAUACUGUAAGUGACUGGCUAACCUCAGGGCUUCAUCACUAAUAACACAGCUAUAGCCUUAUCAGGUGCUAACCACUGUACAAGCAACAGCAGAUUUAAUUGUAGAACUAAGUCUAUAAAUCCAGUUUAUAGAACUAGUCGAUCAUCUCCACGUAGUGAACACCUGCCUAAAAACAGCAGAAGAUCAAGUCACAAGCGUCCCAACCAAGGGGUCACGCUUACUAAGGGACUCAGCUCUGUAGCCGAGCGCCGUGGGCCCGAGUGUGUGUUAUCUGGCUCCGCGGCAGAAACAGACGGGCGUGUGUGCGUGCAUGUAAUGUCAAAGACGUGGCGUGUGCUGGACCAAAUGACUUUCUUAACUGUGAGUGUCGACGAGUUGUUCACCACUGUUGUGUAAACGUGUCUUCAUUAAAACUUUCCACGUGUUGAA